AAACUGGUUAUCUUCUCCUGGUGGGAUAUCUGUCAACUCUUUUCACGUCCAAGUAACCAUGGAAAUGCCACCGCACGCACGCGCAGCAGGUCAAUGUUUUGGUUUGCGACAUGUAAAACGUUUUACGGCGUUAUUUAUGAACUCCUAUUUGAACUCGUGUGGGCGAAGGGCGAAGUAACCAGCCAUCGACACUACUUAACUGCAAGGAUUUAUCGAUAAGGGACCUUAUAAUUGAAGGCUGAUACAGUCUCAGGCAGUGACAUGGCCAACCCUCUGAGGAGUGAGGUUAGACAGCUGUACAAGAACCUACUGUUUUUGGGACGGGAAUACCCCAAAGGAGCAGACUACUUCAGGGAACGUCUGAAGAGUGCCUUUAUGAAGAACAAAGAUGUCACAGACCCUAAGGAGAUCAAAAAGCUAGUCGACCGUGGGGAGUUUGUGAUAAAGGAACUGGAGGCCCUGUACUAUCUAAGGAAGUACAGAGCCAUGAAGAAGCGUUACUAUGAAGAAGAAUUGUCCGCCAUGCUGAAUAUAGGCAGACCAAUAGACUGAUAGCCUAGAUAUUUGGCAGCUGAAUCUUCAGUAUGCAAGUUUUAGUUUAGCCGUCCAUGAACAAGAGUGUUAUUAGCAAUACAAAUGUCCUUAGACACAAAUGUUAGCUAUAUAUUACAGACAAAAGUGUUAUGAGCUACACUUGCCACUCUUACCCACCUCGAGUUGUGGAAUCACGUCCAUCAAAUGCCUACAGUUCUCUCAUGUGUACAUCAUUGUAAAUAAUACAUGAUAGAAUGUAUUGAUAACUUGUACAAUGUAAUUAAAUUAUAUAAGUAUAAAUAUGA